AUGGACUAUCUUGUCACAAACGGAUACCCAUCAGCAGCAAAUAAAUUUGCAGCAGAGGCAAAUAUCCCACAGCGUCAUGAUUCUGACACAGUACAAGAGCGCGUCGAGAUUCGAAAUGCGAUCUACUCGGGCAAUAUCCAGUCAGCAAUCGAAAAGCUCAAUGAGCUCAACCCCCAGGUAAUUCUGCCCCGCUCUAGUUACCUGCUUGAUGACAAGCCUGAGCUCCAUUUCUCUUUACUACGUCUCCAGCUCAUCGAGUUAAUACGCAACUGUAUAACUACCCCAAAUGCCGAUAUCACACCAGCUCUAGAUUUUGCUACUUCACAGUUGGCACCUCGAGCUCCGACAGCACCGCAGUUCAUCAAGGAGCUCGAGGAAACCAUGUCAUUACUAAUCUUUUCUCCGGAAAAUCUUUCAGCGCCAUUGAAUGAACUUCUUGAUCCUGCUAUGCGUAAAACCGUUGCAGCAAAGGUUAACGAAGCCAUCCUCCAAAGACAAGGCUCAGUAAGUGAAGCUAGACUUCGUGCUCUUGUCAAACUUCGCGUUUGGUCUGAAAAAAUGGCCAGAAACUCCAAGAAGGAUAUUCCAGACAAAUUGGAUAUCGGGUUUGAUAACGACGCCACCAAUGGCAAUGAAACCAACGGUUCUGCCAGUCAGGAUGAUGUUGUCAUGCAAGAGCGCGGCGACCUUGACUCCAUGGUUCAUUAA